CACAGAUCUACACACACCUGUCAAGCCAUAAGACUUGCUUUUCCCACAGAAAUCUUAAAUUUGCAGUGAUAUUACAACUGCAGGGGAAUCUGGGUAAGCAUGUGGUAAUGAGUUCAGCAAAUAAUCACAUUGUUGCCUCGUUAUGCAAUUUUAUGUUAUAUAAAAUACAAACAAAAUGUCUUCUUUUGAUUUCUCUGUAUUCUUCAGAUGAGGAUUCCUGGGGAAGAUCUCUGGCUAUGCCCUGUUAACUUCGGGGCUCACUGGAUUUUAGUGGUAUUUACUAUAGGACUACGUUAAUUAACCUUUCUUUACUUGUGUUAUCAUGUGCUUUUAUAAUUCAUGUAAUUAUGUUACAUAUACAGAUAUUUACCUACAUCCCUCUGAUACCUGCUGUAUACACCAAUAAUAUAAAUGUCAUAAAGAAAAUUUUGUGUUUUCCCGAAUUAUCUUUUAGAUUGUCAUUAUGUCGAAGAAGGUUAUUGUGCUAAUUGACCCACUGGGAAAUGAACCUAAUUAUCUAUUGAAAGUACAGCACAACUGGAGGUGAGUGUGGCUUGGGGAAAAGUUUUUUUCACUUAAACUGAUGUGCACAACGUUCAAUUAAAACUUAUGUGUAAUUUCUUGUUAUUUUUUCAUAGUAUGUUCUUGAAGAAGUAUAUUCCUGGAGAAGAAGUAGCCCAAUGGAAUAUCCAUGUAAUGCAUCACAGCAACCAGGAGGAUUCCAGCAGCUGUGGAGUUCUGAUCUUGAUGGUAAACAUUCAUGUACCAUUGUGAAAGCUAUUAAUCAUACAUGUGAAUUGCUGUUACAAAUUUAAUAAUGUAUUACAGUUUGCAAAGGAGUUUCUUCAGACCAGAACCAUUCAUGCAGUGAAGACCUCUGCAGAAGAUGUAGCUAAUGCACGACUGGAAAUAUCUUCAGCCCUACUCCAGUAUAAAGGUCAGUUAUAUCACACACUGCAUGAAAGCUUUAUCAGGCAAAUAAAUAUGUAUUCAUACUCUAAAUCCUCAUGGAUCCAAUCUUGCUAGAAAUGUGUUUAUUAUUAAUCACUCCCAAAAAACGUUUUAAGUGACUAUACACAUUCAAUUUCAUUUUAACAUGUUCUACCAUAAUGUAAAACCUGUUAAAUUAUUUGGUUAGGUGCAGCGUUGCAACUACACGCGGUUUGUUCUCCCCCCACAUAGCAGGUUAUACAGAAUACUCCUAAAUGUCUGGAAAUUAUUAAGUUAGAGCCAAGGCUGAGCUUCAAAAAAUGUUGGAAAAAAAAACUUUUUUCACCAAUAUUGAAUUUUAGAAAGAAUUUCCCUGCCCAAUUUCUGACCAUUUUAAUUUUACUGAGAGCCCUCUAAAAUGUCUAUGUAUUAACAAUGGCAGCCGAUGGUGGAUACUUGAGAACCAUUUACUAUCAGAUUGCGCUAUGUUUAAACUGUGGGGUAUUUCUAACAAACUAGAAGGGGUCACAGAGAUGCUUGUAUUCAAAAUUGAAAAAGCUCUACCAUUCUUUCUAUUCUACGCCUCCAAUCCUCAACAUUGAAAUUGUAGUUUGUAAUAAUAUAAAAUAAGUACAUUGUAAUAUGCUUUCUGGUUACGAUUUGGUGAGUUGUAACUUUUUUUAUUUUUACAGUUCCAGAGGGAAGGCGCAAACCCAUUUGAGGAGUCACUGCAUAAGAGACUAUUGGAUACUGAAUGGCUGUACUACAGUGGCGGCUCUAGACUUGGCGAGGCCUUAGUCGAAACUCAUACAUGAGGCCACCACGAACACCAUUAUUGAAAAAAAAUAGACUUUCAACUGUAUAAGAAGCUGUAGAUAUGUUGAUAGGGGAGCUUCCAGCGCUGGAUACAGAGAGCUAGUCUCUGUUUACAUCAUUGCAUUGUCUACCUGAGUGUGUGUCGGGCAGUGAGUAUCCUUGUAUCUGUAUGUAUGUUUCUCUGAGCAAGUGUAUGUUUGUGUACGGCCUUUGGCACUGAGUUUAUGGCGAAGCUCUGUUUUAUGACAGUGUGUAUAAUGAUUGCCUUCAGGGGGUGGCAGGGUGAGUGUACAAGAGCAGGAGGGUGCCAGAGUGUUGACAGUGUGUAUGGAGGGAGGUGCCAAAGUGCAGAGAGUGGUGCCCGUGUGAGAAUAGAUGUGACAGUGUGUGGGGAGGGUGAC